AUGCCGACUGGCAGCAGCCAAAACAUCCGGGCUGGCCACGGCAAGGAGGGGUUUAUGGAUGUCGGCGGGGUGCUGGCCGAUGAGCCCUGGGGGGCUGUCCCCUGGGUGUGGGGACAGCCAGCUGCGUUCACAGGCUUUCAAGUUACUGCGGUGCUUUCUGGGCUAAAAAAGCCUUCUUUGUUUCCCCAAAAAGCCCAGCGCGAAGGGCAGGACCCCACCCUUUUUCCUGCUUGUCCCGAGGGGUUUGAGCACAGCCACGCAAGGACUGGCAUGAGGCCAGCAGGGCUGCUGGUGGUCCCUGGGGUGCGGGGUGCUGCUCUCUGACGGCUCCUUGGGUCCCCCCUUUGUCCCACAGCCCGAGCGCGACUCGCGGCCCAGCAGAUCCCCCAGGAGAUCCUCGGGAACGCGGAGCUGCGGGAGGCGGUGGAGGCCCUGCCCCCCAACUACAACUUCGAGAUCCCCAAGACCAUCUGGCGGAUCCGGCAGGCUCAGGCCAGGAAGGUGGCCCUGCAGAUGCCAGAAGGGCUCCUCAUGUUUGCCUGCACCAUCGCUGACAUCAUUGAGCGAUUCACGGAUGCAGAGGCGGUGGUGAUGGGUGACGUGACCUACGGCGCCUGCUGCGUGGACGACUACACGGCCCGGGCCCUGGGCGCUGACUUCCUGGUGCACUACGGCCACAGUUGCCUAAUUCCCAUCGACUCCACACAGGGGCUGAAGAUGCUCUAUGUGUUUGUGGACAUAAAGAUCGAUGCAUCCCAUUUUCUUGAGACCAUUCGCUUCAACUUCGCGGCGGGCACCUCCCUGGCCCUGGUCAGCACCAUCCAGUUCGUCUCCACGGUGCAGGCAGUGUCACAGGAGCUGCGCUCCCAGUACAAGGUGUGUGUGCCCCAGUGUAAGCCGCUGUCCCCAGGAGAGAUCCUGGGCUGUACGUCACCCCGGCUUGCUCAGGACACGGAUGCCAUUGUGUAUUUGGGCGAUGGGCGCUUCCACCUGGAGUCCAUCAUGAUUGCCAACCCCGGGAUACCUGCAUACAGGUACGAUCCCUACAGCAAAGUGUUCUCGCAGGAGCACUACAGCCACGAGCGCAUGCACCGCGCCCGGCAGGACGCCAUCCGCACUGCCACCAGUGCCCGCUGCUGGGGACUCAUCCUGGGCACGCUGGGCCGCCAGGGCUCCCCCAGCAUCCUACAGCACCUGGAGCUGCGUCUCCGUGCCCUGGGCCGGCCCUAUGUGCGGGUGCUGCUGUCUGAGAUCUUCCCCAGCAAGUUAAAGCUCUUCCCAGAGGUGGAUGUGUGGGUGCAGGUGGCCUGUCCCCGGCUCUCCAUCGACUGGGGAGAAGCCUUCAGCAAGCCACUGCUGACACCCUAUGAGGCUGCGGUGGCUCUCCAGGACAUCGAGUGGCAGCAGCCUUAUCCCAUGGAUUUCUAUGCCAGCCAGUCCCUGGGGCCGUGGACGGUGAACCACGGUGGCACACAGCCCCCGCGCGGGGGGCGGCCGGCACAGGUGGGCAGCGGGGUGUCACCGAGUCCCCGCUGGGUCCGUCGGGCCGGUGAGAGCACCGGGGAGGGCUGAGCACCGGCUGCCGCUCGGUGCCCGGUGCCGC